UAAAAUCCAGCGGUUUUUAACGGCAGCUGCAGUUGGAGACCGACCAACGCUGCACCCGUCGACCUCCCAACUAUCGCGAGAGAGGGGGGACACUGCGAGAAGAACGGGGUCCAGGCAAGGCAUAGCAAUAUUCAUAUUUAGCAACAACAACAACCUUUACGAAAAUGAUUGUUCCGUUGUGAAAGAGAAGUGAAAUGUGUCCCAGAUUCACCCCGAGACACGGAUGAAAGCCCCGGACUGUGAUAUACAGGAUGUGGCCUCGCUCCUCUGGCUCUACGACAGACGAUGAAGAAGGGGCAGACCUCGUGAAUCCCGCUCAUCUCACCUCCUCUACCCUUCCCCUUACCGGCUGAAUCCCUCCCUAUUUUCUUUCUGAAACGCUAAAUAUUUAACUGCACAAAAUAAUGUAGCAAACAGCUUCGCCCUGGAGAUAUUCAACCUCAUCUUUCAUGGGUCCGGUUCAUUGUCUUUUUAACUGUUGGUGUUAGAUGGGGUUGAGCGCGACACUUCACUUCACACUCAUUUGUAAAUUAUUAGACCAAUGUGCCGUGUUUGCCCCCUGUCAUUUACCCCAGCUGUGCAGUCACUUCAGGUUUCUGUUGUAUGUUUGAAGUGAUUUAAUCGACCAUUGGGUCAGUCGGCGCCCCCGUCCUGUCAGGAGGAUGAACGGCUCUCUGUUAACUCCGCCCAGCCCACGGGCGGCAAACUCCUCACCGUUACCUCCCUCGCCCUCCCCGUCUCCGUCUCCACCGUCUCCCUCUUUGCUGCCCCUGUCCCCCCGGCCGCCUCCUCUCCCACCCCUGGUGAGCCCUCCGCCUCAGGCUCACCCAUCCUCCCUCUCGGACACCCCCACGCCCUCCCCCUCGCCUUGCCUGAGCUGGACCGAAUUCUGUGAGCUCCACGCCCGCGUCGCGGCCGGUGACUUUGCACGCCACUUUCGGGCGUUUCUCCUGGAAAACCCACACUACUCCCCAGACUCUGCGGCCGCCUUCUGCCGGCGGUUCACCGACCGAUUCGUUCGUCACUUCCAGAGCGAGCUGGAGGGGGCGCUCCCGCCGAGCUGUGCUUCUGGGAGGGAUGAAAUGGUGAGCUGGGCUCCCCAGUCAGACGCUACAUCCCUGGAAGAGGAGGCAGUCUCACCCCUGUCGGCAACCGGGGGAGCGGUCCUCCCUUGUCCCCCGACCAAUGCAACACGGGGUUUAUCUAAGCCUGCGCCAACUCGGCUGGUGUUGGAGAACCGUGGCGGGGACAGGUUUCAAGACUCUUAUGCCCACGGCCAAGUCCUGCCGCCGUCGUCCUCGUCGUCGUGUUGCUCCUCGGUGGGGGGGAACAACGGGAGGCGUGAGGAGAGAGGGGCAAUGAUCGCCCCCGGGAACGGGGAGGCGCCGGUGGAGGAGGAGGAGGACAGCUGGCUCGGGGUGUCGUCUGUCGGGGAGGACGUCGAGCCAGAAGAGCGGGAAGCAGAGUCCACAGAGAUGGACGGCGCCGACCCCUCCCACACUCCUCAGAUUCCACCUUCCUCCUCCUCCAUCACUCCUCCGCCCGACUCCAAAGGUAACAGCACGCCCAACUCCUCCAAAAACAAACUGAAGAAGCGCUUUUCGCUGCGGAGCGUGGGCCGUAGUGUUCGGGGGAGCGUCCGUGGCAUCCUGCAUUGGCGAAGCUCGUCCAGCGACUCGGCCCAGAGUCAGCUGCCCUCCAGCUACAGCUACACCAUGGGUGUGCAGGACGCUAGCUUGGUUUCAACCUCCAAGAGGAACUCUGGUACACAGCCUCCCACACCCACCUCCUCCAUGCCCGUCUCUCUGUCCAUGCCUCUCUCCCUCCCCCACUCCUCCUCCUCCUCUCUGCCUCCAUCAUCCUCGAGCAGCGCCACCUCUCUGUCUCUGUCGGAGGCUGCUCGGGACAGGCGGCGGAGCAAUGGCGAAGGAGGAGAGAAGGAGAAAUGGAGCCAUCGUUUGGAGAAGCUGAGACUGUCACGAUCCCCUCCUCCUGUCCUCACCCCCGCUGCCGGCUCGCACUCCACGCUGCCUCCGAGCAGCGCCGCCGCCGCCAUGGGACCUCCGAGGAAGGUGGGCCGGCUGGUGAGGGAGGGAGGGGUGAGCGUCAGCUCAUCCAAUGACGAGUUAAGUGGGAGCCACGGCUUCUCUGGCUUCUCGUUCGGUCUGCUGCAUCAUGGUACGGACAACAACAACGCCGCCUCGGCUUCGUCUGCAGCAGCUCAGAGCGGUCCGGUGCAGCCUCUGGCCAGCGGGGGGAACGUGCCCUGGAGAGGAGGACGCUGGCAUAAAUGUCGUCUGGUCCUCAGAGAGAGAGACAGAGAGGGUGGCGAGCGGGGAGAGGAGUACUACCUGGAGUUCUUCAUUCCACCCAAAUCGUCGAAGCCGAGGCUGACUGUCCCUUGCUGCUCGAUCGUGGAUGUGAGGAGCACCACGGCGCUGGAGGUCCCUGACAAGGAGAACACCUUCCUGCUGCAGCUGGAAGGUUCGGCGCAGUACGUGAUCGAGACGCGAGACGCCGUUCAGAUGAGAGCCUGGCUGAGCGACAUCAGGAACGGCAUCUGUCUCAGUGAACAGGAAGAUGCUGAAGGUGUGUGUGGGGGGCCGUUAGACAUCAGCGGGACUCCUGAGAUUGUUGAUCGUCUGUCACAAGUGUGUUAUGGAGGUAUCGGAGGCUCCUCACCUCUCAUGGAUCCUCUCCCGCCAGAGCUGCCACCUCGAGCCCCUCUCGACGAACCAGACGGCCGGAUUCUCGGGGGAGGCGGCGCUAGUCUGGGCACACCUUUUGCUGAGACGCCAGAUGCCACAGGGUCCUUCCUGUUCUCUGAGGUGACGUCUGCGGAGGCGGUGGAGCACCCCCUCAGCGAGUGUCAGUGGUUUCACGGCACUCUGUCCCGCCUCAAAGCUGCUCAGCUGGUGUUGGCUGGAGGCCCGGCGAGCCAUGGCGUCUUCCUGGUUCGCCAGAGCGAGACACGCCGCGGAGAAUAUGUCCUCACCUUUAACUUCCAGGGCAAGGCCAAGCACCUCCGUCUGUCCCUGAACGAGGACGGUCAAUGUCGAGUGCAGCACCUCUGGUUCCAGUCCAUCUUCGACAUGUUGGAGCACUUCAGGGUGCACCCGAUCCCCCUGGAGUCCGGCGGUGCCUCCGAUGUCACGCUCAUCAGCUUUGUGGGCGCCACCGCUGUUCGUCAGCCAGGCCGGGACAGGGCAGGCAGCCGGCCUACAGUCUGUGAUGUCAUCACCACGCGCCAUCCUGACUCUCCAUCAACCCCCAUCUCUGACUGUGUACUUGACCAGCAGACCCCGUAGCCCUCCUCAGCCUCCUCCCCUGCCGCCGGGCCGGCCGCCGCCCCCGACUCCACCCCAGGAGAGAGGGAACGAGACGGAGCUGGGAGGAGGGGGAGGAGGAGGAGCAAGUGGAGGAGGAGGAGCAGGAGCCGCUGUGGUGACUAUGGCAGCAACAGGUGGAGGUGGAGGAGGAGGAGGAGGAGGCAGUGGCGCAGGAGGAGGAGGAGGAGGAGGAGGAGGAAGCGGAGGCAGCGGAGGUGGUAGCGGAGGAGGAGUGGAGGACUGGGAGGAGAGGGACAGGGACACUCCUCUCCGCCAACUAGAAGCCGUGGAGGGGGAGGAGAGGGAUGGAGCGAGGGCGCCCCGAGCCAUCGAUAACCAGUACUCCUUCUUCUGAUGAAGGGAAGACCAGGAGGAGGUGGAGGAGGAGUGUGUGUGUGUUUGUGUGCGUCCGACAGAGUGUGUGUGCGAGCGAGCGAGCGAACGUGUGAUUGGAUGAGGCGGCGUACAUCAUAGCCAUUCAUAACCAGUAUUUUUAUUUUGUUAGCAAGCUGGAGGAGAAGAGGAGGAGGAGGAGGAGGAGGAGGAGGUGUAAGAGUACUAACACUAUACGAGAGAGAGAGAGGACUAAAGCAGACGGAGAGACGGGUGAGAGCAGCUUUAACACUAACUUAGCGAUACAUUUCUUUUUUUAUUUUCCUAGUCAGAUAAGCUUUUUGUUUUUUGCCGGUACGCCUCACAGCAGGCUCUGUCUCGUUAUGUGCAAGUGAACAGUAGUGAGAGCUUGAGCCCUGUGAAGCCAGCAGAGUCCCGAUACCUCACAGUGGUCCUGCCAAGACAGCACACGCUAGCCAGAGGCCAAACAUACUCUACAGACAUUUCUACUGUGGCAAGUAGAUCCAAGACGUUACACUCUCAGACGACGUCACAGCAGCCGCCAUUAAAAAAAACAGUGAAGGUUCCACAUGGACCAAAUGUAAGUCAGAAUCAAGCUAAAGGAAUCGGUGCAGUAUCAAUCGAGAAGAGAGUUAACAGCUGCUGCACGUCACAGUACGUCCACUAAAGUUCUUGAUUUUAUCACUGACAGACUCAGAUUGUUCUUCUCAGUGUCUGACAACAUGAUGAGAGGAUUCCUCCAGAGACAGAGCUUUUUAUUAAAGAGUCAGAUCCUUUCAGUUCAACCAGAAACAUCUCUAUAUAUCUCUACCAGACUCCAUAGAGAAAAACAGGGAUUUAACCGAGCAGAACACAGGAGCUGCUGUUGAUUUUAUUGUGUGAUUUUCAGUGAUAGUAGAUGUACUUUUACUUCAGUAAAGUAUCUGAUUACUUCUUCCACCACUGAAAGUCACACAGUAACACAGACACACUAACAGAUGGAGGCAGUGGUAUUCCAGCAGCUCCUGGUUAAAUCCCUGUUUUUCUCUAUGGAGUCUGGUAGAGAUAUAUAGAGAUGUUUCUGGUUAAACUAAAGGAUCUUCCUCUUUAAUAAAAAGCUCUGUCUCUGGAGGAAUCCUCUCAUCAUGUUGUCAGACUCUGAGAAGAACAAUCUGAGUCUGUCAGUGAUAAAUAUAUAAAUACAUUAACAUCAGUACGUGUGAUUUAACCUGAACUAAAACACCAAACCGACAUGAAAUGUAAAUUUAAGAUAAGCAUUAAACACAAUAUGUGAUUGAAUGUAUAAUAACAAUAAUAUUAACACUAAUGAUGUAAAGUUUAUUUACAUGUUUCCUGCUUCAGUGCCACUUGUUUUAAACAUCAGGAGCCAGUUUGAGUUUCACACAUUAAAACAGGUUCAACCUCAGAAAACAGAGUAAACUAAAAUACAAGUAAACAAGGCUGCAACUAAUAAACAUUUUCAUUAUCUACUGAGUCAAAAAUCCACCACUGUCUGCAGGUGUUUUACUUGUAAUGGAGUAUUUCCUACCACUUUUACUCAACUAAAGUAUCUGAUUACUUCUUCACCACUGAGUAACUGGCAGGUGUAACUACUCUCACUAAUAUCAGAGCCCGUUCAGAUUAAAACAGGUAACAUGAAGUACAUUUAACAUACCUCAGGUUGUUAAACAUUACGUCGAUUACAUUUCACUGAACAAGUAAAUUUACUGCUCGUUUUAAUGAGAAGCUGAAUCUUUACCAGCUGAGACAAGUGUUAACGGUGAAACAGGAAACUGCUGCAGCAUCUGAAUGCUCUGUAUAAAAACAGUUACUGAACAGUCUCAGGUGUAUUCAGGGUCGAGUCGAUCCUGAUUUGUCCCUGGAAACUGAUCUGAAAUCUUGUUUAAUCCUGACACUAAAAUCGACUUUAAUCAGAGUCGGUGCUACAAUUUAAAAACAUCUUCAGCCUCAGGUGGUGAACGAGGGAGAAAUAUGAUGCAGUUAAUCACAGGAAGGAAUUCUCUGAUAAUCAGUUCAUCGUUAAAAAUAUUAGUUGGUCCCAGUUCUCAAAUGUGAAGAGUUUUAAUGCUUUUCUUUGUUAAUGUUGAGAAUUUAAACUUGUUUGUGUAAAACAAGCGUUCACCUACAGAUCCUGGACAACCAAUCCCUCUGCCCUUUAUGUAAUCUAUUAUUUAAUGUUUGCCUCUAAAAAGUGAUCAUUUGUGAACUGCACCUGUGCUGAUUUAAAGAAAAACACCUCCUCAGAGAACACGUUCACCACUACACCAUUAAAUCGACCGUUUUUUAAAUGGAGUUUGGUGCGACGUCGUCGGAACACAGCGACAGAGUUAACGGUUUGGGUCUGAGUGACACAUGAACCAGAGCAGGCAGGAAACAUUUACCUCAGUCACACUCAGCAGCAUCACUCAGUAUAUAUGUCUCUCUCUCUUUCUCUCUCUUUUCUGACACAAAAAAAAGAAAAAAGCUGAACUGAGAGAGAUGUGUUUUCUUUCAGAGAGAAAUUAUUGAUGAUACCAAUAACAAUAAUAUUGAUGGAAAUAAUAAUAAUAAUAAGUGACGGUCAGAAUAAUAGUAUUAAUUUUAUUUGUUUUAUUAAGUCACCUUUUUAUUUUGUAUGCUUACUCCAUGUUAACACUUGUUCCGACUCCAUCUUGUAAUUCAGUUGAAAUGUCUUUGUGCCUUUUUUAUUUUUAUUUUUUGGGGAUAAAAAGAAGGAAAAAUAUUUUUUGCUAUAAUGCCUCAUUUUCAAGGCUACAGCAUCCCUCACUCUCUUUUCAUGCUGUCUUCUCCUCCUCGACCUCAUCCUCCAUUCAUCAAGGGUAAAAAAAAGAAAAAGAAAAAAGAAAUAUACAAUUAGAAAAUGUCAAUGAAAAUACCUACUUUUUCUACUCGUGCCUUUCUGUGUCUGUCGUCUCGUCAUCAGCCUCUGCCUGCGUUUGUGUCGCUCUGUCUUUCAUCGUUCAUCGGUUUUCAGAGCUUCGCCUCUUUCUUUUCGCGCCACAUAACCGAGACCCAGUCAUUUCUACCAGACUUUUCUUUGCUCAUGUAUUUGUCUAUAUGCACCUUUUGCCCCCCCACCACCCUGAUCAUCAUAUUUCUCUGUCCUUUUCUCAGUUUCAAAACUCUUUGUGCCUUUCUCUGUCUCUUUUCUCUCUUUGCUGGGACCGUGUGUUGAGGGUGGGCGGUGUCGUCCGUCCACCCUGUGUGGUUAGUUUCAGGUACUACAUUGAAUUUAAUGAUAAUGAUAUAAUAUAAAUAUAGUGAAACAUAAA